GCUCGGUGGAGAACCGAGAGCUCCGUCCGCUCCGCCGACGCCGCUGGCCGUGGGGCCGUCUCCGGAAGGCGCACCGGCGCGCGCCCAGUGCCCGCACCCGGCCGCCCGCGCCAGCCCUGCCCGCGCGCCUGCUGCGCCCGUGACAUCCUUGCUCGGACGCAGUGACCCUCUUUAAGUCACAAGGGCGUGGGUCAGCCUCCCCUAGGACUUCAUGUCUGUAUAUUUCCCCAUUCACUGCCCUGACUAUCUGAGAUCAGCCAAGAUGACUGAGGUGAUGAUGAACGCCCCACCUAUGGAGGAGAUCGGUCUCAACCCCCGAAAAGAUGGCCUUUCCUAUCAGAUCUUCCCCGACCCGUCAGACUUUGACCGCUGCUGCAAACUGAAGGACCGCCUGCCCUCCAUCGUGGUGGAGCCCACAGAGGGGGAGGUGGAGAGCGGGGAGCUCCGGUGGCCCCCUGAGGAGUUCUUGGUUCAGGAGGAUGAGCAGGACAACUGUGAAGAAACGAAAGAAAACAAGGAGCAGUAGAGACCCCGCGGACUCCCACGGGGUCCAGCAGCGCGCCUGUACCUGAACUGUGUUCUCUCCCGGUGGGAUGGAAGAGCGCCAGCCGCAAUAGUUGUGAAAAUGUCGAACGGUGGCUUCUGCUCUGCACCUGCAAAUCACUGAGUUGGUGUUCUUUCUUUUCUUUUCUUUUUUUGAAACGUCGGGCAGCGGAGCCCUCUGCGACACUUUGCAAGGCCUUCUGAGAAAGGAAGCUGCUGAGAGCAGGGGUGGGGGGUGCUGCAAACUGCAUCUUUGCGAGAUCAUUAUCUGAAACCAGGCGGGCUAGAGGUGGUGGUGGGAUUCCAGUGGGCUCUGGGGGGCGGGGAUGUGCAAAGCAAGCAAGGAGCACUUGGGGUAAGAAAGCAAACAAGCUGAAAGAGAAAAACACAGGCUGAGACCUUUGAGCAGCCAAAGGCAGCCAGGAAGUACUUCUGGGUGAUUAUCUGCCCAGGCUUUCGGGGCAUCAGACAACAAAGACUUUACAUCUCCCCAGCUUGCCCACCGCCAGCUUUUUGCUUUUAUUUCAGGGGUGUCGGUCUGUUAUGGGGUGGCAGGUGAGGAUACCAGUAGGCACUGGCUGCCUGCAA